GGUUAUAAAGCCAUGAGCCCCCUUCGAUGGGGGAUUCUGCUCGGCUGCCUGGGCUGUGCGCUCCCGCCGCGGGUGCGGGCGCAGUUCCCCCGGGUCUGCAUGACGGUGGGCAGCCUGCAGGCCAAGGAGUGCUGCCCGCCGCUGGGCGCCGAUACGGCCGACGUCUGUGGCUCUCGGGAGGGCCGGGGCCAGUGCGCGGAGGUGCAGAUCGACACCAGGCCCUGGAGCGGUCCUUACGUCCUGCGCAACCAGGACGACCGAGAGCGGUGGCCACGGAAGUUCUUCGACCGGACCUGCAGGUGCACAGGAAACUUCGCCGGCUAUAACUGUGGAGACUGCAAGUUUGGCUGGACUGGCCCCAACUGCGAGCAGAAGAAACCCCUGGUUGUCCGGCAGAAUAUCCACUCCUUGACCCCUCAGGAGCGUGAGCAAUUCUUGGGCUCCUUAGACCUCGCAAAGAACACGCCGCAUCCCGACUACGUGAUCACCACGCAACACUGGCUAGGCCUGCUCGGGACCAACGGGACCCAGCCACAGAUCGCCAACUGCAGCAUUUAUGAUUUCUUUGUGUGGCUCCAUUAUUAUUCCGUUAGAGAUACAUUAUUAGGACCAGGGCGCCCAUACAAGGCCAUAGAUUUCUCACACCAAGGCCCCGCCUUCGUUACCUGGCACCGCUACCAUUUGUUGUGGCUGGAAAGAGAUCUCCAGCGCCUCACUGGCAAUGAGUCCUUUGCUUUGCCCUACUGGAACUUUGCCACCGGGAGGAACGAGUGUGACGUGUGUACAGACCAGCUGUUUGGGGCUGCAAGACAAGAUGAUCCGACUCUGAUUAGUCAAAACUCCAGAUUCUCCAGCUGGGAAAUUGUCUGUGAUAGCUUGGAUGACUACAACCGCCGGGUCACCCUGUGUAAUGGAACCUAUGAAGGUUUGCUGAGAAGAAAUCAAGUGGGAAGAAACAGUGAGAAAUUGCCAACUUUAAAAGACAUACAAGAUUGCCUGUCUCUCAAGAAGUUUGACAAUCCUCCUUUCUUCCAGAACUCUACCUUUAGCUUCAGGAAUGCCCUGGAAGGAUUUGAUAAAGCAGACGGGACCCUGGACUCUCAAGUGAUGAACCUUCAUAAUUUGGUUCAUUCCUUCCUGAACGGGACAAACGCUUUGCCACAUUCUGCUGCCAAUGAUCCUGUUUUUGUGGUGGUUUCUAAUCUUUUGCUUUACAAACAAUACACUACAAUUUUGCCUUUUGUCAGGAAGGAAAAGCAGACAGGGCCCCUGGGCUCCCUGAACGACAGUCUAGGAGUCCUUCAUUCCUUUACUGAUGCCGUUUUUGACGAGUGGAUGAAAAGAUUCAAUCCCCCUGUGGAUGCCUGGCCUCAGGAACUGGCACCCAUUGGUCACAAUCGGAUGUAUAACAUGGUUCCUUUCUUCCCUCCGGUGACUAAUGAGGAACUCUUUUUAACGGCAGACCAGCUUGGCUAUAGCUAUGCCAUUGAUCUGCCAGUUUCAGUUGAAGAAACUUCAGAUUGGACCACAACCCUCUCAGUGCUUAUGGGGAUGCUGGUGGUUUUGGUUGGUCUUUUUGCACUGCUGCUUCUCCUUCAAUAUAGAAGAGUCCGAAAAGGAUAUACACCCUUAAUGGAGACACAAUUAAGCAAGAAGAGAUACACAGAAGAAGCCUAGAUGCUCACGCCUUACCCUAGAGAAGAGGCUGGCCAAGGCUUAGUUCUGACACUGACAGUGAGCAAACGAAUCCUCACUGUUUUUCCUUUCAUUGACGAUCUUUGGCAUAGCUCCUCCUGUUGUGGUGAUCCCAAAUACGGACGGACGAUGCUUAGCUGUAGUUUCUGGUUUGCUUUGUUUAUCUAACAAACAAGCUAAAGUGCUUGAGGGUGUCUCUACCAUCAAACAAAGGUAGAGCUGCUGAUGA